CUUUAUGGAGGUCUCUGUUUCACGGCGGGGGGCGAGAGAUUGCGCAGGCGCAAGGGGGUGAGUGACGCGGCCGCGGCGAACCUUAUUUUGGGGGUCCUGGCCUCCAACAGGUUCCCACAGGCCUGCGCUCCUUGAGCCUGUUCCCCCACCCGGCCGAGUUUUACGGCGGCGCCCCCCCCCCCGCCCUGGGUUCGGAGCUGACUAUCGUCCUCCCACGCAGCACUUAGAAGAAAUGGAACAAGAACCACAAAAUGGAGAACCUGCUGAGAUUGAGAUUAUCAAGGAAGCAUACAGGAAGGCCUUUUUAUUUGUUGAUAAAGGACUAAAUACAGAUGAGUUAGGUCAGAAGGAGGAAGCUAAGAGUUACUAUAAGCAAGGAAUAGGACACCUACUGAGAGGAAUCAGCAUUUCAUUAUCAGAGACAGAACACACUGGCCCUGGGUGGGAAUCUGCCAGACAGAUGCAACAGAAAAUGAAGGAGAUGCUACAGAAUGUACGCACCAGGUUGGAAAUUCUGGAGAAAGGUCUUGCCACUUCUCUUCGGAAUGAUCUUCAGGACGUGCCCAAGUUAUACCCCGAAUUUCCUCCUAAAGACAUUUAUGACAAGUCGCGAGAGCCUCAGCCCUCUACUUCGUCUCAGCAAGCUGAAGUAAACGGAAGCACUUCAGCUGCAUGUGCAGGGUCGCUCGCUUUUCCUGCUUCUGCAUCCUUACCGUCUGUGAGUCGUCCAGCCGAAGCCCCCCCUGCUUACACUCCUCAGGCCGCGGAGGGCCACUACACAGUGUCCUAUGGCACAGAUUCUGGGGAGUUUUCUUCAGUUGGUGAAGACUUCUAUAGAAAUCACUCUCAGCCACCUCCACUUGAGUCGCUAGGGCUAGAUGCAGAUGAGUUGAUUCUGAUACCAAAUGGAGUUCAGAUUUUUUUUGUAAAUCCUGCAGGAGAAGUUAGUGCCCCUUCAUAUCCUGGGUAUCUCCGAAUUGUGAGGUUCUUGGAUAAUUCUCUUGAUUCAGUCCUGAACCGUCCUCCUGGAUUCCUUCAGGUUUGUGACUGGCUGUAUCCUCUAGUUCCUGAUAGAUCUCCGGUUCUGAAAUGCACUGUGGGAGCUUACAUGUUCCCGGAUACAAUGCUGCAAGCAGCAGGAUGCUUUGUCGGGGUAGUGUUGUCCUCUGAGUUACCGGAAGAUGAUCGAGAACUCUUCGAGGAUCUUUUAAGACAGAUGUCUGACCUCCGACUCCAGACCAACUGGAACAGAGCAGAAGAAGAAAAUGAGUUCCAGAUCCCUGGAAGAACAAGACAGCCCUCUGACCAACGGAGAGGAGCCUCUGGCACUGAUGUGAGACAGCUGGGUCCUUCGGACCAAGGCAGUAAGGAUGGGCGUCUUAAAGGAAAACAUGGAAAGAAGACUAAAGAUUCUUCAAGUGAAGAAGUUAAUCUGAGUCACAUUGUACCCUGUGAGCCAGUUUCAGAAGAAAAAGCAAAAGAAUUACCUGAAUGGAGUGAGAAAGUGGCUCAAAACAUUUUGUCAGGUGCUUCCUGGGUGAGUUGGGGUUUAGUCAAAGGUGCUGAAUUUACUGGUAAAGCAAUCCAGAAAGGUGCUUCUAAACUACGUGAACGUAUUCAACCAGAAGAAAAACCAGUGGAAGUUAGUCCUGCUGUCUCCAAAGGACUGUACAUAGCAAAGCAGGCUACAGGAGGAGCAGCCAAAGUCAGUCAGUUCCUGGUUGAUGGAGUGUGCACAGUAGCAAAUUGUGUUGGAAAAGAGUUAGCUCCACACGUCAAGAAACAUGGCAGCAAACUUGUUCCAGAAUCACUUAAAAGAGACAAAGAUGGGAAGUCCCCUCUGGAUGGUGCUUUGGUUGUUGCAGCAAGCAGUGUUCAAGGAUUUUCUACUGUCUGGCAAGGAUUAGAAUGUGCUGCAAGAUGCAUUGUUGACAAUGUUUCAGCAGAAACUGUACAAACUGUUAGAUACAAAUAUGGGCACAAUGCAGGAGAAGCUACACACCAUGCAGUGGAUUCUGCCAUCAAUGUUGGUGUAACUGCCUAUAAUGUUAACAACAUUGGUAUCAAAGCAGUGGUGAAGAAAACUGCAAAGCAAACAGGACACACACUCCUUGAGGACUAUCAAAUAGUUGAUAACUCUCAGAGGGAAAAUCAAGGAGGAGCAGCAGGUGUGUCAAUGAGAGAGGAGGAAGAUGAGCAGACGGAAGAUACAGAGAAGAAAGAGGCAAAGAAAGUAGCAAAGAAGAAAUAAAUGAUAGAAGUGUUCAGAAUUACCAAUACCAAAGCCUUAUUAGAUGGAGAGGGUUUUGUUGCGUAUGCAA